UACAAAAAAUGAUAAAUCUGACGUUGCAUUUGUCAAGAUAAACGUAUAAAAAGAGUUCAGAAAUUAGAAGUAGCUGGCAUAUGAUAACUUCACCAAAGAGCUACACAAACAAUGCUCCUUCGGUGGGGAAUAUUGUUUACUUGUGGUCUUAGUUACAACGUAUUGGCUGAUACGGGUGGCCCGAUUGUUCCAACACGGUCAUGUGACAUCGUCCGCUGCAGGCCUGUUACUUGCAGGGACAGUUUCACGCCACCCUGGGAAUGUUGCCCCGUAUGCAGACAUGAUCGGUCCUGUUAUUACAAAGGAAGAAUCUACCGAGACAGGGAACGAUUCCGUGAUAAGUGUAACAACUGUGUUUGUUCAGACGGAGCUGUGCUAUGCUCAGAAAUAAACUGUCCUGACAAGCCAGGAAUAUGCCCCAGGCGGACGAUUGGAACGUGUGUGGACCUCUGUUUCUGGGAUUACGAUUGCCCUGGCGAAGAGAAGUGCUGCUCAAAUGGCUGUGGACACGUGUGCUCCAUUCCUCAAGACCCAGACACCGUAUGCUACGUAAAUGGAGUAUACUACUAUGAAGGUGAACGCGUUCCAGUACAAACUAGUCACCCGUGCGAGACCUGCUACUGUAGAAGGGGAUCCGUCACGUGCCAGAUGAGUUUGUGCCCUGUAUGUGACGGCCCAACGCAUCCCGGCGAGUGUUGUCCGAGAUGUGACUAAUGAACCGGCACCAAUAUGCCUCCACAACUGCAUUUGCGCUGUUUUGCAGUCCCACUUUGUAAAGUCAACUUUAUUAUAAAACAAGCGUUUUGCCAUUUGGUAUUUUGUGUCAAUAAUAUAAAUAUAGCAUGUUCUUCUUUUAAAUGUGCAAGUACUUUCAUUAAGCAUGAACAUGCAAAGUGCUUCGUAAAAAUAGAUACGUGAAUUUAUGACUUUGCAUUUAGCUACAAUAAAGAAAUACAUUUA